AAAUUUUAGGAAAUCAGAUUUAUUAUUCUCGUUUCUUCUAAACCUAGAUUUCUUUCUUGACAAAAAAAUCGCACUGAUUUGAUUGGCAGCAACAGAGAUUCGGAGCAACAAAAUUCACUUGCCUCGCACGCAGUUUUACGGGAUGUCAACCAGCGUGCAGCAUUCAAGAAAGCGGAAAGCUGUCCAACAACAUGACGGUUCUGAAGAAAUUCAACAUGGCCCUCUACCUGUCGAGCAACUUCAGGCAUCGGGUAUAGCCUCCACAGAUGUUCAAAAGCUUAAAGAUGCUGGUAUUUACACGGUUGAAUCCGUUGUCAACACUGUCAGGAAAGACCUUUUAAAAAUUAAAGGAAUCAGAAAAGCUGAAGUUGACAAGAUUAUCGAAGCAGCCUCUAAGCUUGUGCCUAUGGAUUUUAUUAGUGGUAGUGAACUCCAGGCCAAGCACAAUGCAACCAUUCAGAUAACUACAGGAUCAAGAGAGCUUGACAAGAUAUUGGAAGGUGGAAUUGAGACAGGUUCUAUCACUGAGUUAUGUGGUGAAUUUCAAUCUGGGAAGACUGAAUUGUGUCACACUCUCUGCGUCACUUGCCAGUUACCACUAGACAAAGGAGGUGCUAAGGGGAAAGUUAUGUACAUAGAUGCAGGGGGCACAUUUAGGCCUCAACUACUCUUACAGAUAGCAGAUAGGUUUGGAUUGGAUGGGUCUGAUGUAAUGGGAAAUGUCACUUGUAAUAGAGCGUAUAACACUGAUCAUCAAUCACAGCUUCUGCUGGAAGCAGCUUCAAUGAUGGUGGAAACAAGGUUUGCUGUAGUGAUAGUAGACAGUGCUACUGCCCUCUAUAGAACAGAUUUCUCUGGAAGGGAAAAGCUUUCAGCCCGGCAAAUGCAUCUAGGCAAUUUUCUGAGGAGCCUUAAGAAUUUAGCAAAUGAGUUUGGUGUGGCUGUUGUAAUAACAAAUGAAGUAGUUUCACAAGUAGACGGUUCUGCAGUCUUUGGUAGAGCUCAAGUCAAGCCUAUUGGAGGCAACAUUAUGGCUCAUGCUACAACAACAAGGCUAGCUCUCAGGAAAGGAAGAGGGGAAGAGCGAAUCUGUAAAGUGAUAAGUUCUCCCUGUUUGGCCAAAGCUGAAGCAAGAUUUCAGAUUUGUGCUCGAGGAGUUGUAGAUGUUAAAGACUGACCAGCUUUACCAUGUCUGAUUGUAAAUGUUAGUUACAAUGAACUUCACUUUAAAGGAGGGAAAGUGAAAAGAAUUAUGAAUAGAGCUGGCAAUUUGGCACUUUUGUUUUUGAAACUUUUGUUCUUCUCUUACUCUUUCCUCUCCUUUAUAUAUAUAUAUAUCAUUCAUGUUUUUCUU